UUACAGGAAGCAGCAUUUUUCGAAGCUUCUGCUCUGACUACAAGCCAGGGCAGCCACCAAAAAAUCCUAGACCCGUCUGCAAGGUUUCAAGAAAUUGAAUCCGUCUACCUCCCAAGGGUCAUCACUGACGUCUACACAAUCCCACAAGUCUUGAACUCCACCCUCCUUCAACGGUUUUCUUGUUUCGUAAAAACAUGCCAAGCUUAACGGUGAAACUCAGUAGCAUCUUCUUCAAGUUUCAGCAAAGACACAAGCUAAAUAAUCUAACACAAGCUCCUCUUCACAAUGUUGAUCCUUUUGGCAUAACUUCACGUCAUGAGGAACCGACCAUCCCCAGCAACCCUUCUUUCAAUGAUGGAGUUGCCACCAAGGACAUCCACAUCGAUCCCUACUCAUCGCUUUGCGUCCGCAUAUUCCUUCCAGAAACGGUUGUUAACUCAAACGAGGACAACGACAACAAAGAUGUUAAUUUUGUUUACAGAGGUUACUGUCCUCGGACAGGAAAAAAACACAAGAAACUACCGGUGAUGUUACAGUUCCACGGCGGGGCUUUUGUUGGUGGAAGCAAUGAUAGUGUGGGGAAUGAUGUGUUUUGUAGGAGGAUUGCCAAGCUUUGUGAUGUGAUCGUGGUUGCGGUUGGCUACAGGCUGGCACCAGAGAGUAGGUACCCGGCGGCGUUUGAGGAUGGUUUGAAGGUGUUGAAUUGGUUAGGGAAGCAGGCGAAUUUGGCAGGGUGUGGGAGAUGGAUUGGGAAUGGGAGAAGAAAAAUAGAUGCUCAUGUUUUUGAUGGAUUUGGUGCGUCUAUGGUUGAGCCUUGGUUGGCUGCUCAUGGAGAUCCCUCAAGGUGUGUACUACUUGGGGCAAGCUGUGGUGCAAACAUAGCAGACUAUCUGGCUCGGAAGGCUGUUGAGGCUGGAAAGCUCUUGGAUCCUGUCAAGGUGGUGGCACAAGUCUUGAUGUAUCCAUUUUUCAUUGGGAGCAAUCCCACAAAUUCUGAAAUUAAACUGGCAAACUCCUACUUCUAUGACAAGUCUAUGUGCAUGCUGGCGUGGAAACUUUUUCUGCCAGAGGAAAACUUCGACCUAGAUCAUCCAGCUGGCAACCCUUUAAUCCCAGGGAGAGAGCCUCCACUGAAAUUCAUGCCCCCAACACUGACAGUUGUGGCCGAGAAAGACUGGAUGAGGGAUCGGGCAAUUGCUUACUCUGAAGAACUUCGAAAAGUUAAGAUAGACGCUCCCCUUCUUGAAUACAAGGAUGCUAUUCAUGAAUUUGCCACACUUAAUGUGCUCCUCCAGACGCCACAAGCACAAGCAUGUGCAGAAGAUAUUGCUAUAUGGGUCAAGAAGUAUAUAUCACAUAGAGGCCAUGAGUUUUCUUAUUGAUAGAUCAAAAAUGAAGAGAAACAAGUUAAGGGUGAAAAAAUAGCAUCAGAGCAAAAGAGUCAGUAAUUUUGUAUCAGGAGGAAUAGAGUUUCAGGUUAAGUCUGCGGAAUCGUUUAUUCAGUAGCCUAUCAGGGUGAGGGGCUUGUCCUCUUUUUGUACAAAUGAGGUGUUUGUCUAAUUCCUUAGGUUUUCAGAUGCAAUCUCUUCCUCGUUACAGUUCACUAGGAAUAUUCAUUUGUUCAUAUUCUUUACCUCAAUAGUGAGAUGUCUAAUACUAUAUGUGAGAAUAAACUAAAUGAGAUCAUUAUUUGUUAGAAAAUAGUGUAUUUCAUAAGGAUUA